CACACACACACACACACACACGUCAGCAGACCCUAACUUCAGUUAUAUAAUACCCGCGUCUGCUAGUACGCCUGCUCCUUCAUGUAAUUCAAAAGCUUAAACCACUGACGCUUUGCUUUCCGUGCAUGAUUUGCCCAACGGCGUCUGAUCAGCCUUCCGUCUUGUUUUCUAAUCACAAACACAAACACUUUCUCUCGUCUUCUUCGCUUGCCAUGUCAUCUCCAAACACCCAGAAACAGGCCUUGCUCGACUCUGAACUUGCAAAUCUCGCGUUUAGAAGCACAUUGGCGGUCCGCCGAGCUGCAUUCAAAGAAGAAGUGCCACGACUUCCACGGCCAACUGGGCCGCAGUCAUCUACUGGCACACAAUGCUUCAUCACGAGUCCGAGCACGAGCGUACGUCACGCUGACUCAAGUUACAGAAAUUUGAUACACGAUUCGAUCUCAGUCUCUCGGCCGUCCUCUAUUACCAUUCGCGCUGCUGUUGAGCCCAUAUCUGGCUCAGCCUAUGCAUCUCCAAGGGCGAGGGUGCCACGUUCUCCUGUUCAGUCGAAUCUUAGCCAACCGGAGCAGAGGCCUGGCAACAAAUUCCAGACGGAUUCCACAAAUCGGAAGAAGCCAAAAAAGAAGCAGAAGAGCGCUAGCUCCACGCUAUCGACGAAUCUACCUCCGCCGCCGUCUCGUUUCUACGACGAAGACGGUAACUUUCGCCUGACUUCAGAACAGCAGACAAAAAAAGGUGUUGGUGCACUUGGUUCCGCGCCGACACGGAACUGCCUUCCCUUGACCUCACGCAGCAAGCCUCCGCCCAAGUCUAACGAACGGAAGAACUCCAAGCAUUCAUUUUCUGAAAAUGAGCCUGGCUCUCCUUGGUAUGAAGGCAUCGAGAGCGACGAAAGCAAGACGCUUCUGAUCUAACAACCAGGGCUUGAAACCCAAGAGUGCUGGAGACGAGUCGCUGAGCUCAAACUGCCGUGCCGUGUUCGAUUGUAUCGACGAGCAAAAGAAGCUAGGAAACAAAAGGAAAGGAAAGGAAAAGAACAAUGGAAAAAAAAGAGGAGAGAGAGAAAUUCGCAUUAUCACUAGGAAAUGCAGUCAAUUCGUUUCUCUGGGUUUCUCUAAAUCUUGGCGAACGACGCUGCAGCAGUGGCUUUUAUGUUCGUGCAAAAUGUUGCGAAUACCAGGGAUUAAUGUGAACCCUCAUGGCAGACGUUUCUCACGUUGGACAAGACCGUUCAUCUUUUCCUUUUCAUUCGGACGUGCCCGAGCAAAAGAAGCUCUGCUGAGAUAUCUAGCGUGCCCGAUACUUCAGGAAACAAAUGAAAGAGGGAGAAUGAAGUCUAAGACGGCGUUGGUAGCAUCAGGAGACUGGUCUCAUCUCAUCUCGCAGAGUGUGCCAAUGACGGGGGCAUAUUCCUGUCAUCAAUGCUACUCUUCUCCUUCCCGGUUCUCAUCCUCUUCCUCGUCGCUCUCAUCGGCAUCAGCAAUGGCAUCCUCAC